AUGAUGCGAUUCUUCCCUGUACCGUCCCGAUGGAAAUCCGUCAAUUCAUUUCACACCACUUUGUGCUCGUUGGAUGUGAUGCCUAUACGCCAAUAUCGCUUGUUCGGCUCAUCGAACGAUCUUCUGAAGUCUAAGCAGCGCAAAGUCGUCGAACUGAAGGCGUGCGACCUGAACGAGUCUUUUGUCAAGGGCUCCGGCAAGGGUGGCCAGAAGAUCAACAAAGUGCGCAACUGCGUACUUUUGACGCACUUGCCAACGGGUUUGCAAGUUCGCACUCAGAAGACACGCUCACUGGACGACAACCGUCGCGUCGCUCGGAAAUUGUUGCUGCAGAAACUGGACGACCACGUAAACGGGUCGCUAAGUAAACACAAUGAGAAAAUUGCCCAACUGCGUCGUAAAAAAGCGAACCGACGAGCCAAGUCGAAGCAGAAGUAUGCGACAGCAGACUGUGAGUUGGAUGGAAACGAUGGCAAAGAGGCCGACGAAGGAGAAGCUGAUGUGGGCGAACACAUUAAGUUGGAGGGUUAUACCUGCGUAGUAAACAAGGACAUAGAGUGA